GACCCUGUAAGGUUUGGAUAUGUCCUUCAUAUUCGAUUGGAUCUACAGUGGUUUCAGCAGUGUGCUACAGUUUUUAGGAUUAUAUAAGAAAACUGGUAAAUUGGUAUUUCUUGGACUGGAUAAUGCGGGAAAGACAACAUUGCUACACAUGCUGAAAGAUGACAGACUCGGACAACACGUCCCCACGUUGCACCCCACUUCAGAAGAACUGACUAUUGCCGGUAUGACUUUUACAACUUUUGAUCUGGGUGGACAUGUUCAAGCUCGAAGAGUUUGGAAAAACUACCUUCCAGCUAUCAAUGGCAUUGUAUUUCUGGUGGAUUGUGCAGACCACGAAAGGCUGUUAGAAUCAAAAGAAGAACUUGAUUCACUAAUGACAGAUGAGACCAUUGCUAACGUGCCUAUCCUGAUUCUUGGGAAUAAGAUUGACAGACCUGAAGCCAUCAGUGAAGAGAGGUUACGAGAGGUGUUUGGAUUGUACGGUCAGACAACAGGAAAGGGCAGUGUGUCACUGAAAGAGCUGAACGCCCGCCCUCUAGAAGUCUUCAUGUGCAGCGUGCUGAAGAGACAAGGCUACGGAGAAGGCUUCCGCUGGAUGGCGCAGUACAUCGACUAAGGCUGGCCCGGGCCUGCUCCAGGUGGACUGCUCAGCACACUAACUUGAAUUCAACAGACUUCUGUUGGUUUUAAAAUAGAUAUUUUUAGACUAUUAAUAUUACAUCAACUUAAUUUGAGUGAGAAUUGAAUACUGAUUCAAGUAAGUUGGAAUAUGGCAAUGUUAGUUUCUAAUUCCAUACAGAUAGUUUUUACAGUUUAUAAUCCGACAUCACCCCAGCACCAUUUACAGAGAGCAACUUGCCAACAGUAUGUUCGAAGCACUUUUUAACAGCGUGAAACUAGAAA